AAGGAAAGAGGCACGAACCUUCGCCAACAUCCAGCGUCGACUCCAUCAUCAUCUUCCGCCUGCGAAGGGACGCAGAAGAACAUACGGAAGGGUCGAGAAGUUACGCCGGCCGGACGGACGGACGGACAGCCUCAAGCCAGUGAGACCGACGGCAGAACGGGGCUCCUCAAGGACCGAUAGGCUGCAUCAUCUCGCCAUGCACGGCUGCUCCCGCGACUCUACUCGUGUGGCAACCGGCUGAGGUACUCCCACGGAAGCGUUCCAGAGUAGUCAAACAGCGCACGCAGACAGGCAGAGAACACAGAGACAGUCAGAGACAUACGGAUAUAAGCAACGACAACGACGCAAGGAGUGGCAGGGAGACAAGGGUCGCUCUCCGUCACAGGCCAAGGCUAGCCCUCUCUGUUGUCUUGUCCUGGUUCCUGGGGGACAAGGCGCUUCUCUUCCGCCCCCGUUUGAACCGUUUUACUAUAUCUCCAAGCAACCUCGCCUUAUUCUGACCGUUCGUCCUUUGUACUUUGAUCCAUAUCCAACACACUUAUCUACGACACUUCCUUCCCCGCUAUGGUGACUCCGGUGGAGUCUCAGCACCCUGAGUCAAUGGCCUCCUUUGCGCCGACAAGACACUUUAUCCGUGUCUCGCUUGCCUGUGUCCAAUGCCGAUCGCGGCAUCUAAAGUGUGAUGCAAAGGCCCCUCGGUGCUCUCGCUGUCAAACGGAUGGGAAGCAGUGCACAUAUCUCAAGUCCCGCCGUGGCGGGCGUCGCAGACCGACCUCUUCUCCCUCCCCUAUGCCAGCAGACCUUCCCAUGCAGCACGCUGCUGUCUUGCCGCCGCCUCCAGACUGUGCCUCCCUUCCCGUACCAGACGAAAACAUCUUCAAUGAUGCGUACUGUGGAGUACCCAGAUCCAUUCCAAUGGUGACGACCACCCGCGGAAAUACUAGCAGUGGCAGCAGCCCAACUACCAACUCGGAGGCGCAAAUGGAAGACCUGCUCAACAUGUACUACAAGUACUUUCACAUCUCGCACCCGUGUGUCCUCCCACGAUGGUCCUUUCAGAUACGGCUGUCCCAGGACCCAGUUACUCUGCGCCCAUUGCUACUGACAAUGCAGUACAUCGGUGCCCUCUUCACUCCUUCGGUCACUUCCUCUGCCUUCGAGCCAGAAGUCUUGCAAGCUUUUGCAGACUUUAGAGCUUCCGGCGCAAAGCCGACUGGUUAUCAUGUCCAGGCUUGGCUGUUGUACUCUGUGGCUGUAUAUUGGUGUAAUGAGAUCGAGAGGGGCCUCAAGCUACUCGAUGAAACAAUUCGAAUGGCCCUUGACCUAGGGAUGCAUUUGGAUUCCUUCGCGCAACGGUAUGGUGAAAAUAACCCGUUACUAGAAGAGAGCUGGAGGCGGACCUGGUGGCAGCUAUACGUCAUUGAUGGACAUGUUGCCGGAAGUACCCACACUUUCCCAUUUAGAACAAGCCACAUACAGCCAACCACUGCUCUUCCCUGUGAAGAAGAGCUUUACGAAAAAGGGGACAUUCCAAAGCCGAGAACAUUGUACGAGUACGAUAUGCGUGAGUUUGCAGAUGAUGAAGACCAAGAUUUUUCAUCGUUCGCGCACCUCGUUGGUCUUACUCGUGGGCUGGACCUAGCCUUAUCUGGGCGCCGGCCAAACAACCCAGACCCACCCAGUGUCGUAUGCUCCCGCGUAGACACAUGCAUGCGGGCAUGGUGUUCGCUUAUACCUCCAAAAAAACGAUGUCUUGCCCGGGAGGAUGGUACAAUUGACGAACAGCUAUUUAAAGCAAACAUGCUGGUCCAUACAUAUAUCGUUGAUCUGCAUCGUGAGCUAUCAAGUUUGUCCUACAGCCCUAUCGAGUCUGUGUCAAGAUGUGCCCCACCGGCACCCGCAGAUGCCAACAAUCCAAACAAAACACUCAAGGAUGUUCAAAUACACACGUCCAAAGUUCUGCUUGCUGUGGAUAAGUUUAAUGAUCUCCUCACCCUCCCAACGACCAUAAUAUCACAUACUCCCUUCGUCAUCUGCAUGAUUGCAAACACAACAAUCGCCCACCUCUCGGCUUGCAAACACCUCUACCGUGACAAGACUCUGCAAAUAGAACGAGAGCGUAUCCGCUUGAACAUGGGCGCCCUUAAAACCCUUAGCAUGUACUGGCCUCUAGGGAAACGGACGUACCGCGAGAUGGCUACUAUUGCCCGUGACAUCUUGUCGCUCACCGACAGAGACAUCAGCCCUAUAAGUAAUUCAGACAGAGCAGCCGUCAGAUCAUUAGACACUACACCACCCUCAGUGCAACCCAGUCCUCCGCCACCACCUCCAGUUGCUGCUACUGCUCCUACCUCUGCUCCUACUGUUGCCUCCACACAAGCACCAAGCACAGCUCCUCCAAACCCCGUCAUUCAUAACCAUCAUGACCAGCAACCAGCAAUGAUACCAAAUACUACCUCACAUGGAGUAAUAAUGCCUCAUGCCCCUCCAGCUUCCUAUCCCGAUGUCUUGUCUUUCGACUUCAACGGUAUCUUCGACGUUGGUGAUUUAUUUGACAAAUCCAUGACCUACGAUUAUUCCGUGUUGUCACUUCCGUCGUCCGUAACACAGGAUGUAUCUUGACCCAUGUCCCGAGAUCACGAUUAAUGCCCGAGAAAGUACUAUUGGUUUGUUUGGCUGGAUUAUUUUUUUAUUCUUUUCUCCUUUUCCCUUUGGUGCCUUUGAAUAUGCCGCGUUUAUAUACAUGCACCUGGCUAUGCUCUCCGUUUGGAUAUCCCGAGUGAUGGUUUCGACGAACUCAUCUCUGUUUUCAUUUAUCUUUUUUCCUGUAUAUUUAACACAUCAUUUUGAACACGUUAAUAUAUCCAUUUUAGCAUGCAGGAAUAUAUCAUUCGCUCGCUGAACAUUGCUAUGCAAAAGAAUCCCUCGGCUAGGAAGGCAGAAACAAGGUCGCAAAAGCUUCAGACGAGAAAUUUGAUCCUUCAGAGCGAAAGUAACUUGGGUGUCCAUCGUUGAAUUAACUAAAUAAGGUUGUUCCGGCUGACUAA